GACAGGCGGCCUUCCCCGCCAGGCGACCCCACCUCCCGCGGCCACGGUACACACCCUCCUCCUGCUGCUGCUGCUGCGUCUUAUGCUGCGUCUUAUGCUGCGUCUUGUGCUGCGUCACCUGCUGCCCUACUGUUGCGUCUUCUGCUGCCCUACUGUUACGUCUUCUGCUGCCCUACUGUUACGUCUCCUGCCCUUCUGUUGUGCCUCCUGCUGCGUCUCCUGCAGCCCUUCUGCUGUGUCUCCUACUGCUGCGUCUCCUGUUGCUGCGUCUCCUGCUGCUGCGUCUUCUGCUGCGUCUGUCAUCGCACAGCCCUCCUGGCCCCCUACAAGAUGGAUCAUUCCAAUGGUACAACAGCUUCCACUAGUAAGAAAGAUGAUGUUACUUCUCCCAGCAACAUUGUUCCAAUGGAAGUUUUGGAGUCCAGUGAGGUGAUGACUUCCCCAAUUGGAAGUCUUGCAUUAGGAUUUGAUACUAAGGAGGACUGGGAUGAAGAACUUCGAGAUGCACCUCUGGAGCCUGAUUGGGAGCUUCCAUUACCAACCUAUGUUCAGAAAAAGCCCUCAGGAAGGUUUAUGCUUACUCCAAGACUAUUAGGACAUGAAACAUCACAGAUGGAGAGUUCAAACCCAGAAGUAAGCAGCGAGAUGAUGGAUCUUACAACUCCUCAUCAGAGAGUAAUCACUUCUUUAGACUGCCCAGGUCGCCCUGCUAAAGGCCGAAGGGAUUCUGUUACCCCAGCAACAGAGAGGUCAUCCUGCAGAUACCUCUUUUCACAGGAAGUCAGUCUCUCUGCGCCAUCGGAAUCAUCAUGCUCCACUGAAAAUAAAGAUGAAGUCUUUGGUGAAGAUCAAGAUCAUAAACAUGACACGAAUCUCAAGAAAUUGGUAAGUGAAUCUUCAGUGUGUGAUUCAUCUACAAGCUUGAAGUCUGCUAUUAAGGGAAAUUUUGAGGCUAAAUGUGAUACAUCAUGUUUUAAUCAGGAAAUAGAUCCCAGCCAGAAGACAAGAUAUUCAGGCACUCCACAUGCAUUCACAAGUGACAAAGUGUUCAUACCCAAGACAGAAGAGUUACCUACUCCUGUUGGUUCCCCUUGUUCAGAGUCGUCUUCAUCAUCCCACUGUAGUGAUUGUACAUCUUGUUCCUCAGCAAGUGACUCGCCUUUGUCAUCUCCUAUCUUGUCUCAAGUGAAGCUCAUGAGUCAAACCAUUGAAUCAUCUCCAAUAGAAGAGGCUUAUGAUAAAGAAAUUGUUGAGGUCGUUGUUGAUCUUCCAAAAAUGAUUUGUUCACCUGAUGGCUGUAAACUUGAUCCUGAUGAUGACCUGAAACUUGAACUAGUGCCACAGAUAUCCUUCGAGUCAAGAAAUAUUAUCACAAAGGAAGAUUUAGAUAUAAAGCCUUGUAUAGAGGAACUGUCCCCUGUGCAAGCUUCUUCUCCCAUCUGUGCUAAGGAGGCACGUAAUAGUUUUUCAGAAGUUACCUCCAGUACAAGAAAUGGCACGCCACCAAAUAAUGAGAACAAGAUGGUCAAGCCUGAAGUAAAUCUUACUGUCUCAAGUGUGGGCAGUAGCUCCAGCAACUGGACUGUAAUAAGUGGAAUCAGCCCUCUUCCUGCAAGUGACCCAAGUCACCAUCACAAACAUAGACAUCACCAUCACCACCACCACCACCACCAUCAUCAUACAAGGCAUCACCACUCUGAUGGUCAUUGUCACAGUUACCCUAGAAUUGGUAACAUUCUGGUGACUAGUACACCUAUCCACAAAAAGAUUGUGGUUGAAAACUUGGAUGUGUCUGCUGUGAUGUCAAAUGCUGGAGAUGGUUCUCCUAUGCUUCAUCCAAAGGAAUCUCGUUUUGUGUUGUCAUCAGAACUUCAAUUUACAGAUUCACCUACUGUGUCACAGGGUGCAGUUUCUGAAGGAGAAGUGCUGGGAAGCCAAGAAUCCCGUCGGCACAUAGUGUCGGCAAAUUCAAAACGAGAUAGAGGGAACAUUGAAUCACCUAAUGCUCUAAGCCCAAAGGAAAACAGUCAGGUGGAUGUGCCUAAUAUUGAAGUGAAGAAAAAUACAGCCAAUGAAGUUAUUGGUAACUCUGCAGAUACUUACAAUCCUAGGAAGAGACUACGAAGUUGCAGUGGAACUAACUUUGAUAAGAAUAAAACUGGAGAGGAAGAGAACGUUGAGUCGGCACAGAAAAAAUCACACAGUAUUACCAGUGGGACAAAUUUUCUACAGAUGGAGGAUCUCAACCCCAGGAAGAUGUCUAGUUGGGUCCAGAAUAAAAAGGUUCAGAAAGCCUGGGCUAGACCACUUACUAGAGAGGAGGCAGAAGUCCUCUUGGCAACUCCGGUGAACUUCGUGGAUAGCAUUUGGGAAGAUAUGCCAUCUCCUCGUCGUGCUUCUUCAGUUGACGAAUCUCUGUUUCGUGGUGUAUCCUUAGAAAAUGAAAACAAAGCUCGAGUUGAUGGCACUUUGGAAGAUGGGCUUGGGCAAUACAGCCACUUGCCACCAGGAGGUAAGGGGGAGGUGUGCCAGAUAGAAAAACCAAUAGUCGGGCUACUCCAAUAGAACAAGGACACGCAUUAGGACAGUGCCUAUUCACAUUUGUCAGUUACACUUGAAUAAAGAAACUUUUCAUUGCUAACGGUACAUUGUAAGUAAUUUAGCAGUUGGGUAUUAGGUUAAUCUUAUACAUCUGUUACAGGAUAAACAAUUUUGUUUUGUAAAGAACUAUUAAUAGCUUACUAAGAAUUGUAAUGUUUUUGAACAGUAAUAUAUUAAAAGGGUUUUUCAAUAUAUUACUGUGCUCCUUUUGUAUUGAUGGCAUUUUUGUUAUGUAUUUUGUAUGUGAUGGCUGCUCAAAAGUUGUAUAUGGAUUUGUUUAUGUACAGUAUAUUAAUCAUUGAACAUAUUUUUGUAUGGUACCUUAAGAUAGUGAUGCUUAGAUUAAAAUUUUCUGCACGUUAGGUUAUAUACAUCUUCAGGAUUCAAAGUCUUGAAACACACUUUCUUGCAAGGAUGGCCUCAUAAAAUCCUUGACUUCUCAAAACCUGUAAACAUUUUAAGCAUUUCUUGAAACAUAUUUGACAGCCACAUCACUUAACCAAAUUAGUGAUUACUAAUAAUAUUUAUUUUUUGCAGAAUAAAUAGAACUUAUGGAAAUGUUAAGGGGUUUCAUUACAUGGUAAAAUGACAGAAAGAAAAAUGCAUAAAACAUGCAAGAAAGGAAAGUAAUUGAUGAAAUGUACUCAAAAUAAUACUAGUGUUUUUGUUCAUCUAUUUUCAUCUUCAUUUCAUAAAUAUUCCCUUCUUGACAAGUCAUGCUGCUGGUUUGUGAGUACAAAUAUAGAUAAUUAGACAACAAUUAGGGGAGGUGUUGGCAAAUUAAUUUUAAAUAAAUUAAUUAAAGGACAUACUGUAUUGGCAAAAAUAGUAAUUUAGGAUCAUGGUACCAAGAAGUUACAACUUUAACUCUUGGAAAAGGGUGAACACGAGAAGGAAUCAAGUACAAUAUUCAAGAUACGAGUUGAUUUAUUGAUCUCCUUUUUGUAUGUUAGCUCACCGAGUGCUUUUGAAAAGUGUUGGUUUAGAAAAGAUUUUGUUUCAGGCUUUGUAAGGAUUUUUUCCACCUGUCUGUACCUUAUAAGUACUGUACAGUAUACUGUACUGUACUUUAUUAUCCUUCAACAAUGUCUGCCUCACAUCAUAUUAUCCUAUGAGUUCCUCAUUGUCCAUUCCAGCUCAUAAACAUUUUCACAUUAUUUCUGGCACAAUUAUACUUGAGACAUGUAGGGAAAUGAUCUAAAUUAUUUAAAUCAGCUUUGCAAGUUACAUCACUCCGCAUCAGAUUAUUGUGUACCCCUGUGCCGUUUUUUGUGGUGGUUUUUUAUUACCAUUCAGUCCUUUGUUAGAAAUUUAAAUUGAUUUUCUUUGAAGCAGAACUGUGUACCUGAAUUUUAAAAUAUCACGUGUAAGUAAAUAUGUGGUACUUGGAGUGUGAAGAUUAAAAUAAAUAAAUUAUUUGCUGAUUUUUAAGAAAGAGAAGUAAAUCAUUGAUGGUUUCUGUUUAUAAAGUUGCAUAAAUUAGUGUGAUUUGUUAAUUUUUGUACAAGACAUACUUGUGUACUGGUUAGUUGCCUUGGUCUCCCAUGUAAUGAAUUCACUACAGUGAAAACAUUGAAAGAUUAUUCUUUAUACUGAUCAUGGUUCUAUAUUUUCUGUUAAAGUAAUACAAAUGUAUUUUUUUAAUUGUCAAAUUCCAUGGGAACUUUUAGUUUUGUUCAUUUUGUACUUAUCCUUGUUUUAACCCUAAAGAGGGAUGCAUUAUGGUGACAAAGUAUUCUGAUAUCUUAGGUAGAAUUGAGCUGGGGUAUUAUAUUUAGGUCCAGUGGACACUUUUAAAUUUUCACAGUUUUUAGACAAUACCUAAUGUUAUUUUUUUAAGAUAUAGUACUGGCAUUUUGGUCCAGACUUAUUUAGUUGAAAGAAAGUGUUUUUUGUAUUUGUGUUGGUGCAGCUUGCAAUUGAGAAAGUUGCUAACCAAACAAUGUCUGUGCAUUCCACAUUCCACAAGUUUAGUUUAUCAUGCUAAGAAGUGAAAUGUUUCUUCCAACCCAUUUAAGAGGAUGAGCUUAUUUCUCUAGACUUUUAUUGUGUAGUUUUCCUUCAAUACUGCAGAUAGAUCGCAACUGUUUCAUCUCUAUGAAAUGCAAACCACUAGUUAUAAUUUCAAUCUUUUUUUAUUUUUUGGUUAAUUUGGAAAUAAUUUAAAUAAAAUACAUUAAAAGGA